AUGUCGUUCUUAACUGAAUAUUUUGAUGAAUAUCGUCAGCACCCCAUCAGGAAAACUCAAAUGUGCCGUCCAGAAAACCGUUGGGCGGAAUUAGAAGGACAGUGGUUAGAUCCAAAAGUUGGGACUCAGGAUAAAGAAUGGACGGACGAGGAAGUAAAGGAGUUUAUCAAGACGACGAUGAAGAGCGUUCGUGGACAGUCUGCUUACUUCAACGAUUACUGCUCACACCUCGACCAAAUAUUUAAAUAUCGCAAAUUCAAGCCUCGCGUGAAAAAGCUCAAACCGUGCUCAGAGAUGUUUGAGAAGAAAGUCGAAGAAGAAGCCCCCCCACCGCCUGAGGAGGGUCCGAAGCUGGCGAUGAAGGAUACGGUGCUCAUGAAAAUGGCUGCUCAAAUGUAUGAGAACGACCUCAGUGCACCGACCUUAAAGCCUUUGAGAACACACUACAGAGUCCAAGGUUAUUCCAGACCCUCGAACUGGCACAUGGGUCUGUCAGAAUACCAGAACAGUAUGGGACGGCUGGCGUAUGAGAUGGUGAGAGAUGACCGUAUUCCACGCUACCAUGCCCACAAUGGAUGUCGCCCACGCUGGGGCUUGCCCCCCGAGGGGGUGCGACAGCCGGAGCUUGAUGGAGCACCUUACGACGGAGAGAGGCUGUAUUAA